CGAUCCUCUUCACUUCACACGAAACAAGCUUGAUAUUCUACCACAUUAUGGCUAUCUUAGAUUUCGACAAGGACAACGAUAAGUCCAUCUCGUUUCAUUUCCACUCACCGGAAAUGGGGCCUGAGAACCAACCUCUUUAUUAUUCCACACCAGAACAGCCUGCAGUUAUCACUGGUCAUGUUGAGUUUCGUUCUGUCAAGCCAACUAAUGGAAGCGACAUCACCAUAUCAUUCGAAGCAAGAGCAGAGUCAAAAUGGACAGAGCACUAUGGUCAAUCAUCCGCGAGCUUCCAUCAGAUUUCACGCUUCCAAGAAAAGACUUGGAACGCUCCAUUGAACCGAACCAAUCCAAAGACUAUUGCCCCUGGCGUAACACGCUAUGACUUUGAAGUACAACUCGACCCAGGAUUACCGCCUUCCAUUCAUGGUCAACGGGGUUGGUUCCAUUAUCGCUUCAAAGCACACAUUAAACGCGACUUUCCUCGGCGGGACAUGGCGGUAAAACAGCUGGCCUGGGUCUAUAGUAGUUCAAUUAGAGCUGAUGAGCAACCCCAACCUAGACUCUAUAGGGAGGUCUUUAAUGAUGUGAUGCCAUUUAGCUGUACUCUACCAUCCAAUGUUUUAUACCAAGAGCAAUAUGUUCCCUUGACAAUUCAGUUUGAGCCUUUCCGAGACAAUAGCAUUUUCAAAGAUCAGAAGCUGAUAGUGAUGAGCGCUUGUGUAAAGCUGAAACAAUAUACGACUUUGAUGGAGAGGCAUAAGCUGUUCACAAAAAAGAGAAAGGAAAAAAAGGACAUAUUCAGUCUUUCAAUCCCAACUACAGAAUGGCCACAGACAAGCCAAGGAUUCACAAAGACUAUCACAGUAAAGCUACCCGGUGCAAGGCAACUUGCAGCUUCGAUCGAAAGUGAUCCCCUAAUCAAGAGACAUUGCCUAAAGUUGAUCAUGAUGGUACGGACGAAUACAAUAGCGGAAAGGGAUGCUAAGGAGCUCCGGAUAGAAAUGGAUGUUAAGGUUACCUCGCCUCGACCAGAGCAUCUCCAAGAUACAAGACAGCAUGACGACUCGACAUUUAUAGCCCCACCACCUUAUCAGGAUCUGGAUAGUGACGAUGAUGUUCAGAGUGAUUCGAAGCCACCUCCUUUCCGUCGCUCCUCAUCUUCGUCAAGUGACUCUCGAUCAUUCAAAGAUUUUAGCGCAGAUAUCAAGGAUCCUUCUGGCCUUUAAAGUUUUUUAUAGGAUAACAACGUAGAUGACCCUUGAUUUUAGAAGCAUCGAAAACAGCACAAUCUUGGCCCAAUCAUCACCGAAGGAGCAAUCUGGUGCUUGGGAAUACAUAUAUAUCUAUGUAAACUCUAGUCUAACUAUUCUAACUAUUAAAUUUUCUUGCGCCCUCCCUAUACUACUGGCUUCUUGUUGCUCUGGCCACGGGUCGACGCUGUAUUCUGAUUAAGACUCGACCCUGUGCCUGUCCUAAUACUUGUGUCUAUGUCUGGUCUUGUGCUUGUGUCUGUCGCUGAUAUUGCUCUUUGAUGUAUCCAAGGAGACUGUUCCUCCGCAUCCACAGGCUGAAAGUGAUGCAGCCGUUCUUGUCUGAGUGACCACGAAUAGUAUUAUAUACAUUAUGCGCCGCCAUUACAUUGCGAUGAAAAUAUGUUUGACACAAUACAAGCAAC